AUGUGCAAAUUUCCCAAGUUCUCGAGCGUGUUGAAGGUGGGCCUCGGAAGUCCCCAAACCGACUACGCGACGCAGUGGGAGGACAUGAUCACGGAGAAGGUCGGGGGUUCGGAAUAUCGCUGGUCGAUGAAUCUGCAGACCUCUCCCGAUAAAUCACGGAAACGGACCCAGUUCGUGUGGAAACGGACGCAGCAUGUUACUGUGGACGGCGUCAGUGCGUCCAAGCUGAGCAGUCGGAACUUCAAACUUUUGGAUGACUCGGGUAAUAUCGUGGCUGUUUUUACCAGCGACAGAACGUACCGGAAGUGUGGCAAACUGCAGGUCAAUGUGGACUACGGGCAGGACUUUGACACGAUGGUCUUUAUUACCUGCCUGGGUCUGUUUAUCUGUAUAUUGCUUCAUAUCGUGCGAUAUCAGGCGGUGACGGACGAUGAGCGAAGGUGUACCUAUGACAUCUGCGUCAGCACCCUAUGCACGGGACGAUGA